UCGCUCCUUCUGCUCCUGACGUUCACGGCGCAGCGGUUCGUGCGUCACCGCCACAGCAGCAGCUGACCCAGACCCGGUGCCGGUGCCGGUGCCACAGACCCGGACGGGCCCGCGGCUCCACGGUUCCGUCAGGCUCCCGUCACGCAGCAGCUCCUCCUGCUCCUCUUUCACUUUCACUCUUGAGUCGUUUGCGCCGUUUUCACGCGUAAGAGACGACGCGUUUGGGAGGAUUUUCCGCUUCCAGUCACCAUGUUCCCACCUCCUGUCCUCCUGCUGCUGCUGCUGAGUGCCGCCGCUCCUCUCACAUCUGGAGCACAGCUGCCGGACCGGGCGGGAGCCCGAGACGCCCCCGUGGCCACCAACGGGCAGCCCUUCCCCUGGGACCGCAUGCGGCUGCCCCGCACCGUCUCCCCGCUCCAUUACGACCUCAGCCUCCACCCCAACCUCACCUCCCUGGACUUCAGCGGCGUGGUCCGCAUCCAGCUGGAGGUGCUGGAGGACACCAGCGCCGUGGUGCUGCACAGCAAGCGGCUGCACAUCUCCAGCGCGCUGCUGCUGGCGCCCGAGGGCGCCCGGCCCCUGCGCGUGCUGGAGCAUCCCCGCUUCCACCUGCUCGGCCUCCUGUCGGACUCGGCGCUGACCAGAGGCCGCAGGUACGAAGUCCAGCUGGAGUUCGCCGCCAACCUGUCCGACAGCUUCCACGGCUUCUACAAGAGCAGCUACCGCACCAGCAGCGGGGAAGUGCGAGUCCUCGCCUCCACGCAGUUCGAAGCCACCUUUGCUCGAGGAGCCUUCCCCUGUUUCGAUGAGCCCGCUUUCAAGGCCAACUUCACCAUAAGGAUCAUCCGCGAGCCGCGCCACAUCGCCGUCUCCAACAUGCCCAAGGUGAAAACGGUGGCGCUGCCCGGCGGCCUGCUGGAGGACCACUUUGACACCACUGUGAAGAUGAGCACCUACCUGGUGGCUUACAUCGUGUCCGACUUCCUGUCUGUGAGCAGGGUCACCCAGCACGGGGUCCAGAUCACGGUCUACGCCGUCGCAGAGAAGAUCGACCAGACGGCCUUCGCGCUGGAUGCUGCUGUGAAGCUGCUGGACUUCUACGAUGACUACUUUGACAUUCCUUACCCGCUUCCCAAACAGGAUCUGGCUGCCAUCCCUGACUUCCAGUCGGGGGCGAUGGAGAACUGGGGACUGACCACUUACAGAGAGACCGGCCUCCUCUUUGACCCGGACAAGUCCUCGGCUUCAGACAAGCUGGCCAUCACCAAGGUUAUCGCCCAUGAGCUCGCCCAUCAGUGGUUUGGGAACCUGGUGACGAUGGAGUGGUGGAACGACCUGUGGCUCAACGAGGGUUUCGCCAAGUUCAUGGAGUUCAUUUCUCUGGACAUCACCUACCCAGAGCUGCACGUGGACGACUUCUUCUUGGGGAAGUGCUUUGAGGCCAUGGAGGUGGACUCGCUGAGCUCCUCCCACCCCGUUUCUACUCCAGUGGAAAACCCCACCCAGAUCCAGGAGAUGUUUGAUGAUGUGUCCUAUGACAAGGGAGCCUGUAUCCUCAACAUGCUGCGCGACUUCCUGACUCCCACAGCCUUUGAAAUUGGCAUCAUCCGAUACCUGAAGCGCUACAGUUACCAAAACACAGUGAACAGCCACCUGUGGGAGAGCCUGACUAAUAUCUGCCGUUCUGAUGAUCUGGACGGAGCUCGACUGGAGCACAAGGAGUUCUGCUCCAAGCGCGGCCUCUCCUCCGAAGCCUCGAAAUGGUACUCGGGCGACGAGCUGGACGUCAAGGCGAUCAUGGACACCUGGACUCUGCAGGAGGGUUUCCCGCUGCUCACUGUGGAGGUCAAAGGUCGGGAGGUCAGACUGAGUCAGGAGCGUUACCUGAAGACAGACGACCCCUCCCUCACUGAAGGUUUUCUGUGGCAGAUCCCACUCACCUACGUGACCAGCGAGUCCAACACCGUCCACCGCUUCCUGCUCAAGACCAAACACGAUGUCCUGCACCUGCCCAGCGAGGUGGACUGGGUGAAGUUCAACGUGAACAUGAGCGGCUACUACAUGGUGCACUACGCCGGCGACGGCUGGAGCCCCAUCAUCAAGCUGCUGCAGCACAACCACACGGCGCUGAGCGGCAACGACAGGGCGAGCCUCAUCCACAACGUCUUCCAGCUGGUCAGUGUAGGGAAGGUGAGACUGGACACGGCCCUGGAGCUGUCUCUGUACCUGUCCAGAGAGACCGAGAUCAUGGCUGUGACCCAGGGCUUCGGGGAGCUCGUACCUCUGUACAAGCUGAUGGAGAAGAGGGACAUGGCUGCUCUGGAGAACCAGAUGAAGGGUUACAUCGUGAACCUGUUCCGGGGGCUGAUUGAUCGUCAGGAGUGGACUGACUCAGGAUCAGUGUCUGAGCGUAUGCUGAGGAGUUACCUGCUGCUGUUUGCCUGCGUCAGGAACUAUGCUCCGUGUCUGAACAAGGCCACGCAGGUGUUUAAGGAGUGGAAGGACUCCGAUGGCAGCAUGAGCCUCCCCGUCGACGUCUCGAUGGCUGUGUUCAUGAUUGGCGCUCGAACGCCAGAGGGGUGGGACUUCCUGUUCGAGAUGUACCGCAGUUCGCUGCAAAUGUCGGUGAAGAGCCGCUACAAGAGCGCCAUGUCCUUCAGCCCGCUGCAGGACAAGCUCAAGUGGAUGAUGGAGCAGAGCCUGCAUGGUGAGGUGAUGAAGACCCAGGACCUCCCAGACGUGAUAGUGGGGGUCAGCAGGAACCCCCACGGCUACAAACUGGCCUGGGACUUCCUCCGAGCCCACUGGAACACUCUGAUCAAGAAGUUUGACCUGGGCUCUAACACCGUAUCUUACAUGGUGAACGGAGUGACCAACCAGUAUUCCACCAGAGAGAUGCUGGAUGAGGUACGAAGCUUCUUCGGCUCCCUGAGUGAGGAGACGGGCUCCGAGAUGAGGUGCAUCCAGCAAGCCUACGAGAGCAUUGAGGAAAACAUCCGCUGGAUGGACACCAACCUGCCUCUGCUGCAGGCCUGGCUGGACAAACACAGCCGCAGAGUGGUCCAUGAAGACUUGUAGCCCCAGGACACACGCAGUCUGGCAGAAACAAACCCCUGCAGGUGAGGUGGCAGCCGCCACCAGCACCAGCGGCUCAGGAGAUCCCAGACCACAGGAAGUGUCUCUGAGCCUCCGAGUGUAUUUUAUUUACUGACUGCUCUCUGCAGCAGCGGUGGAACCUGAACACUCGUCUGUAAUGUUUAAUGUGUGUGUGCAUCUUAAGGGUGAUGCUGUUCUGUAACCGCAGACGCUGAUGAAAUGAAUGUUGGACAGUGGUGGGAGACCUAGUGACCUUAGUGCCGAACACUGCAGAUUCAUGGCUUUUUUCACAAUCAAUCCAAUCAAUAAGUAAAAAUACAUAAUAAUGGAUUUGUAACGCACUUUUGAUUCAUUGAAUCUCAAAGUGCUAACAAUAAAAAAUAAAGACAUAGUAUGAAACAAUUAAAACACAUCAACAAUUAUAAUUGAAAAAAGAGGUCUUCAUCUUCAUGUUGACUAUACUGUACCAGGCACUUCCUCUAAGAACGAAUUAAAGCUAGUCCAUAAUUCUUACCCAAAAGCUGCUGAAUUAUAGUGGACAGUAAAAGGAAUUGGUUACAAUGCUAUAUUUGUGUCUGAUAUUGUGAACAUAGACACAGUAUGAACCCUAACAUCCACUCAUUCUGUCUGGUUUGAUGCUAAACAAAUGCUCUUAAGGAAAUUUAAUGUUUUUACUAUAGAAAUUGUUUGUUGUUUUCAGUGUUUGUUUGCUGGUUUAAAUAUUGAGCAAUAAAAUUAAUUUGGACUCCA